AUGAAUCCGGUGAACGCCACCGCGCUGUACGUGUCGGCGUGCCGCUCUCUCCUGCAGUGCGACCCGAAGGACCCGGACACGUACGGAGGGCUGUUUAACGUCCUGCCUUUCUUUAGAGACUCCUUAUCCUGCUUGGCGUGUGGGAAUUUGCUUCAGGAUCCAAUUGCUCCCAAAAAUUCCUCCUGUCAGCACUAUGUUUGCAAGGGCUGUAAAGGCAAGAAAAUGUUAUUGAAGCCAUCGUGCAGCUGGUGUAAAGACUAUGAGCAAUUUGAGGAGAAUAAACAGCUCCAGAUUCUGAUCGACUGCUACAGGAAUCUCUGCGAGUGUGUCUCGGUGUGCGUCACAACAGAGCAGAGAGCCUCGGGGGUCAAGGGUUACCCUGAGGUCAUGAAGAUGCUGGAGGAGGUGUUGGGGGUGAGUCAGGAACAAGAAGACCUCAGUCCUGUCAAAGACAAUUUAGAUGUUCCUAAUCUCAAAACCGAGAUGGAUUCUUCACAAAACUCUGCUGAUAUCAGCUUGACUGAUUUGGACAAACCCUCUGAGCAGUUCCCAGCUGAACUAGAGACCCCUGAGUCUGUCACUGCUGACGGACCUCAGAAAUCGGACUCCGAUCUACACAUGGGUACUGUCACUCUUAACGUAAAGUGCAAAGUUAGUCAAGAGACAAGCGCCGAAUCGUUGCCACACAGUGCGGAGAGCACAAGCAUUCAGGAGGACCUUGAACCUGACAUUACGAGCAAGGAUGUGUUGUGGGGACAGACUGAGCCGUGUCAGAAUUCAUUACAGUCCCAAACCAGUGAACCCCCACCGCAACCUCAGACAGGCCUAACUUGCCUCGCCACAUCCCACAGAAAAGUGCGCCUAAGCCGAAAGCGCUCUCGCUCUGAAAGCGACAGCGAGAUGCUCCAACCUCUACCCAUCACCAGCCUCAUCCAGGGGCCAUCGGAAGAAGCCACAGCUCCGCCGAAAACAGCAUUUGAACCGAAAGCGCACUCCCCACCUGCUGUCGUGCUCACUAACGGAGGCGUUUUAAAAGUUAAUAAGGCUGUGCUAGAUUCAACUAAAAAUAUCCAGAUAAACACAGACCUAAGUAACAAGAAAGUUCAGGCGAAGUCUAAAGUGGCCGUCCCGAAGGCAAAGGCCAAGGCGAAGGACAGGCUGCUGUCAGCAAGCGUUUUAGCAGGACAACCAGGACAGCCCCCUAAAGUCGUCUACAAAAAGACACAAGAGAAAAAAGGUUGCAAGUGUGGACGAGCCACUCAGAAUCCAAGUGUUCUCACCUGCAGAGGUCAAAGAUGCCCCUGCUACUCCAACCGUAAGGCCUGCUUGGACUGCAUCUGCAGGGGCUGCCAGAACUCAUACAUGGCCAACGGGGAGAAGAAGCUGGAGGCUUUCGCCGUGCCCGAGAAAGCCCUGGAGCAAACCAGACUCACUCUCGGCAUCAACCUCACCAGUAUUUCUGUCAGAAACGCUGGCACGAACGCUGCGGGAGUUCUCAGUCUGUCCGCAGGCUCCCCGAUGGCCUCCUUCCUCGCGUCCAGCGCCGACGAGGAGCAGAGUUUUGAAGAUGCUCUCGAGAUGCAUUUCGACUGUUGAUCACUGUCCUGCUACUGAUCUCUCUCGGUCUCUCUCAGCCGUGCUCAAUUCCCAGUUUAUGUCGAACAGAAAUUGUUUGUCUGUAGUUUUCAUGUCCGACCUCUACCAUCACACACAAACACACACUGCUGUAACGGAAAGGUACUGUGAAGCCGAGUCUUAUGGCAUAUUUAGUUUUUAUUUUGAAGGAACUGUUUGCUUCUGUGUGGCUGUUUUAUUCACAAAGAGCUUAGGAUCUGAUAAAUGAGUUUUGCAGGUAUUUGUGCGAGAAGUUUGUUGGGUAACACGCAUAGCUCGUCAUAAGCUGUCCCAAAGCAGUGAUUAAUGUGUUUACAUUCUGUGGUGAAAUUUAUUUUUGAAUGCAUUGCCUCUAAACAUUAAUCGAAGGUAAAAUUAUAUAAAGCUCGAUAUCUGUAAUGACUGUCUAACGUCAGAUAAAAUCGCAAUUUACUAAUGGUGGAAAAUGUAGCACUUAGUCCCAAUAUUGCUGAUGGGUUUAGACACCUGUCCUGGUUGCUAUAGUGGUCACCUCCUCACUUCUUGGGUGUCCGGCCAGGAUAUUGAGUUACUCUAUUUUUUUUAAAAUAUAUAUAUAUAGUUGGUUCCUUAUUUUUCUGAAUGUAAAGUAGUGCCAUGACACUUGUUAUUCGUCAUGUUCCAGCUUUGAAAGAAAGACAUUUCAACUCCAUGUUUAUGGGUGGUUUUGUAAGCAUGAUGAAGCACAAAGAUGUCCCAGUAUGAAGCUAUGUUUCUCCAACUCUGAAAGUUGCCGAUUCAUUAUAUCCUCACUGUUGUUUGUUCAUUGUUAGUUCCGACUGAGCUGACUGUUUCAUCAGUACAGUAUCUAUCUACACAGAUUUCUCAAACAAGUGAAUGUAAGAGUGUUCAUGUGUGUUGCCUGAGAAUGUAUUCAUGGCAGUGGUAUUUUUUAAAGCAAUAUGAGAAUCAAAAUCUAAACCCUUUCCCCACACAGUCAUCAUAUUUGUUUUGAUGCAAACUGUAAAGGAGUAUCUCAACAUGUUGUUCUUUGAUCGUUCGCCUGAGCACCUUUUAGCACCCGUUCAUGCCUCUUUACCCUGAUCCUGAUUAGUUGUGUUUGUCUUGCAGUUGUGUUGUGAUUCCUGUUCUAGGGACCAAAACUAGAAAUAAGUGUUGAGAAAGGUCAGUGGACUGUGUUUACUGUUACACUGCGCCGUUUCAUGUCUUCUGUAAUGAAGCAGGGUAGACACUGCUUCAUCCGUAUCCUUAAAUAUGCUUGAAAACUCUAUCAGUAGGGCUUUGACCAAAUAUGGCAAAAUCUUCUAGUUAAGUCUUGGAUCUUAGUGGGAUAUUGUGUUGUUUUUUUUCAAAUCGUAUAGUUUGGUAGCGUUGUUUUAUUCCUCCCUUUGCUUUUCAAUGGUUAUUACUUGAACUCAGAUUUUAGUUUCUUGAUUCUUGAAUUACUGGAGAACCUCUUAUUAUUGCUGGUUUAUUCACUGCCACAAUGAAAUAAUGAAAAUUGCAGAAAGCAACAAAAAUAAAUUAUAGUUUUUUAUUUCUUGUUUUUCAAAA